AAGAAGAUAAGCUUACCAAAGAAGAAAAAACACAAUCGCAACGGCGGGCCAACAUGGAGGCAGUUUUUAGCGAUGUUGUCAAAGUCAUAAUUAGAUGUCGACACUGUGAUGAAAGAAAAGCACGCAUCCGCGUCACCAUUGAGCGUCAGUCGAGCACAAGUGCCGUUUGCAAACGAGAUCUUCUGGUAAGAUUGACCAAUGACGAGGAUCCGCAUUUUUUCUUCAGCCUCACAAUUUCUGAGGAAGAUUUCCAAAGUUUGAAAGUCCAGCAGGAGUUAUUGAUUGAAUUUGCGUCAUUCCCUGAGAUGCUGGUGCAGCUUCUUCGUCAAUGUCAGUCAGAGCAGAAUUGCAGCCAUCCCAGGUUCCAGCUGCUGUUCUCAUGCGACUCGCCGUCACUGGAUGGCCCCGGCCAGCUGAGCGUGAUGGAGACCAACUCCUUUAAGCACAGCAACCAGCUUUCUCUGCGGCUGACGCAGGGCUCUGACAAGCACGUCAAAGACUACCUGGCUGCCUGUCUGGCCUCUGUCAAGGCUGAGAAGGAAGCACUGGAGCUAAAAUUGAAAAAGACAGAAGAUGAUCUGACGAGGCGGCUCAACGACGCCGAGCAGACGCUGUCGGAGAUGGAGCGCAUGCGUCUGGAAUGGACUCUUGAGAAGAACUCGCUUUGCAGCCGCCACGCUGACGAGUUGCGCCGUGAGCAGGAGAAGGCGGCCGACUUGCAGGAGCGCCAGCAGCAGCAGACGCAAAAGCACUGUCAGGAUCUGGAGCGCGCUCACCAGCGCGACAGCCAGCAGAUGCAAAGCCGCCUGGUGCAGCUGGAGACCUCCUGUGGGCAGCUGAGUGACAGGGACUACCAAAACCAGGCCGCCCUCAGGGACCUCAAGGCCAAACUGGUGGCCGCCGAGGAGGAGUGCCAGCGCUUCCAGCAGCAGGUGGCGUCGAUGCGGCGCCAGAGGGACUCGGCCGAGACAGCGCUUCACGCCAACGAGCGACUGGGCCAACAGCUGCAGACGCGUGUGGGCACGCUGGAGCAGGAAGCCAAAGACCGCGAGCAAAACGCGAGUCGCACUCAGGAGGCACUGAAGGCGGCACAACAGCAGAAGGAAACCCUCGAGGAGGACGCCCGCAGCAAAGAAGCCCAGGUGGAGAUUUUGUCCGCAGACUUGAAGAAGGCCAACGAGAUUAUCAAGAAAUUCUGGUGCGAGCUGCAAGUUCAGCAGAGCAAGAACAAGGACAAGAACGUGGCACUGGUGGAGCAGGAGAAAGUGCUGCGCGACACCUCCACCCAGCUGGAGCGAGCACAGGGGGAAGUGCGCGAUGCUCACCAGCAGCUGCAGCACAAGGACCAGCAGGUUGCGAGUCUGAAGGAACAGCUGGAGUCCAGCAUGAAGAAGCUGGCCGAGUCGAAGGAGCUACUGCGGAGCAAUGAGAAUGUGAUCGGCUGGAUAAACAAGCAACUGAACGAGAAGCGGCUGAGCGAGAUGCUUGCGGAGCCGCCACGGAGCACGCCGCCGACCGCCGCCAUGACGUCAGCGGCUCACUUUUAUCCUCACGUGAGCAAAAGUCCUGCAAUGCCCGAUGUUGUCUACAAGCCAGCAGCGAGCCCGAGCGUUGGCGGUCUGGAUGCCAAAUACUUCAAGAGGAGAGAUGACGGCGGCGGCCCCGUUCGCGAGUCUCCCGACGCGCUCAUCGCCAGAGAGUUUCCGCGGAGCAAAACACCUUCAGCCUACUUUCCCAACUAAGCACACACACUGCGCUCCACCUAUGUUUAUGAAGUUGCACCCUUGUUACAGAGCUCUGAUUUCUCAAAUAAAUCAACCUUGGGUUCUCGA